AUGAAACAUUUGGACAAAGAGCCAUCACUCUGUCGCCAGGGUCCAGGGAGAAAGAAGUACUUUGGCUUCCUCGCCAUCAACGCCAAAUCAAAGCUACAGCGUGUCUCAUCUCAAUCGAGAACAAGUGCGCCUGUAUCUGAAGCCACGAGGCCUCUCCCAGCUUCGGCGCCCGCGCCAACCUCUGCUAGCCCAAGGGGCAACGUGCUGCCCGGCGCUCGGUAUUGCAUGCACUCCUGCUGUGCGACUCAACCCCUGAGCACAUCGGCCCUCACAUACACGCAGUACAGACACGUAUCGGUACGGAGUAGUCCAUGUACUCAUAUAUCUGAGUCUUCAUCCACUAUUGAGAUUGUACAUCAUCACACGUCCACCACCUCACGUCAUCUUAUUACAGACGGGUCUUUGGCUGUGGCUGUCGCUAUUGACAACCAAACGGGAAAUGGGGAACGGGCAUCUAGUCCCACUGCCACCCCGAUUGAGUUCAUCAUCAGAAAUUCUGAAUAUUCUGCGGGUCUUCCCCAUCCCCUCGAAACCCCACGUGGGAUCAGUUUGCAACGUUUAGAAGACACGCGUGUCAGUCCGUUUGUGCUACAGUGCUACCAAACCUGCUCAGUCCACGUUGCAAUCACACUCUGGCGGACGGGCACACGAUUCCCCAUAUAUUUGCGCAAGCCUUCAUCAAACCGUCUGCUCGUCAUUCCCGAUCCCAGACAUCGCUCUCAGGAGACCCAGAGCCGUGCUUUCACUCUCCAAAGCUUGAACAAGCUCAUCCCCGUCCAGUGCUGUCCAGUGUCGUCAUGGUCCAUCUAUCUGGCCCUUAACCUCUAUUCACCCGCGACGCAGCUUACGCAGCCCCCGCACUCCCUCAUCGCGGCUCAUCAUGCAUCCCUUGCGCUUCUUCCCGAAAGCUGUUCUGGCAUCGUUGAUUUUGAAUGCUUCGGCCGUUUCUCGAUGCAUCAAACCAGAACGAAUGCGGCCCUAGGCCAACUACGAGUCUUUGACUACUACGUACACAAACAUAUUCAAGGGUCAGGGGCUAAGCGUUGA